UCGCCCACUUCAAGAGACUCGGCAUGGCACAUUAACUUUAAAGCUCACUUUGGAACGAACCUCUCCACUCGACGUCUGGAUUUACAGCACUUGCUUAUUACUUUAAUUCCUCGUCAAUAUUGUUAUUUGGGAGUCGGAGAAUUCACCAGAAACUCAACGCUUUGCGUCGACGCUAAUAUAUAUAUAUGUUUCCAUCCCGCACGAUAUAGGGACACGCUAAACCACUCUAAAUUGAGCAGGUGACAACCUUAAACCGUUCUUGACAAAUGUGUUCCUUCGCUAUGUCACGAUUUAGUCUGUAACUUAAAACGUUUUUCAUUGAACAGACACCAAUAAGCUAUUUAUCACCGCGCAGUAAAAGUAAAAAAUCCCAAGUCGUGUCUGUUAACUACCCUUUCCCUCUGGUUUUGCCUCUGCAAAGAAGUUCAGUGUGCAACAAGGAAGAGUUUGGGGUGGAAAAGACCACACUGUCUGUGACAUUGUUAUGGAAAUUGCAACAGGUCUCGAAUCAUUGGAGAGACGCUUCUCGGCAAGGAAUCAUUCUGCCUGUUCAAAGAUGCUGGACGGUAUUAAAAUCGAAGAUCAUUUUAGAACGGGAGCGGCCACUUUGGGCGUUAUGAUCGGUGCUGAAUACCAUCAUCAGGCCGUGUGCGAGGGAUGUCAGCGGCCGAUAUCCGACCGAUUUCUGAUGCGGGUCAACGAAUCGUCUUGGCACGAGGAGUGUUUGCAGUGCGCCGUGUGUCAACAGCCGCUUACCACAACUUGCUACUUCAGAGAUAGGAAACUCUACUGCAAAACUGACUACCAACAGCUGUUUGCCACCAAGUGCAGUGGUUGCCUGGAGAAUAUAGCUCCUACUGAGUUUGUGAUGCGUGCCCUGGACUGUGUGUACCACCUGGGCUGUUUCUGCUGCUGCGUGUGCGACAGGCAGCUGUGCAAAGGAGACGAGUUUGUCCUCAAGGAGGGCCAGCUGCUCUGCAAGAGCGACUAUGAGAGGGAGAAGGAACUGCUCAGCUCUAUGAGUCCUGACGCUUCAGAUUCAGAGAAGAGUGAAGCUGAGGAGCUGGACGGGAAGCCUGAGAAGGGCUCCGGGGGCCAGGGUAAGGGCAGUGAUGACGGGAAAGACCCUCGCCGUCCCAAACGGCCACGCACCAUCCUGACCACCCAGCAGAGGAGAGCCUUCAAGGCAUCCUUCGAGGUGUCCUCCAAACCCUGCCGGAAGGUUAGAGAGACGCUGGCGGCAGAGACAGGCCUUAGUGUCCGUGUUGUCCAAGUGUGGUUCCAGAACCAAAGAGCCAAGAUGAAGAAGCUAGCCCGGAGACAGCAACAACAGCACGAGCAGCAGAACUCUCAAAGGCUAGGCCAAGAAGUGAUGUCGGGUCGGAUGGAGGGCCUGCUGAGCUCCUACACCCCCCUGGGGCCCCCUCAGCAGCAGCAGCUAGUGGCUAUGGAGCAGAACGGCUACGGCACUGACCCCUUCCAGCAUGGACUCACCCCACCACAGAUGCCCGGAGACCACAUGAACCCAUACGGAAAUGACUCCAUUUUCCACGACAUCGACAGCGACACGUCCCUCACCAGCCUCAGCGACUGUUUCAUGGCGGCGUCCGACAUUGGCUCCCUGCAGGUGCGGGUGGGGAACCCCAUCGACCGUCUCUACUCCAUGCAGAGCUCUUACUUUGCCUCCUGAAAGUCAACCCCGAACCGAAGGGGGUUGGGGAUGGAGGGAUGGAGGGAGGGAGGGAUGGAGGGAGGGAGGGAGGCAGGUGAGGGGAUACUCAGUACAUAACUGUACAGCCAUAAAACAAGCUUUUGCCUCAAGAAAAUAACUGAAGGGAAAAACGGAAAGGUACCAUGCAAAAAAAACUAUAAUCUCCACAGGCUUGUAGCCAGGAACUAAGAGAGAAGGACAAACUUGAAGACAUAAUUGGACACUUUUCCCCGUGUAUUGGAGAAGCAGUGGGAACUUAAACUACAACAUGGUUAAGAACGGUAUUGGAGGGAUUUCUGCGGGAUGUUUGUAAAAAAAAAAAAAACGAAUGUCGUUGCAUCUAUGCUCAGAAGAAUACUUAUUUAAGUCCGCAUUUGUAUAUAUAAUGAAAUGGGAAUAUUUGUUUGACCUGAAUUCUAAAGGGGAAAAUGUAUAUAUAUAUAUAGUCCAAGUCACUGAUUUUGAAACGUCAGUUAACCAGUAGAGGACUCAGUCAUCCAGCUAUGUGUCCAAGCUUUAUCAACGGAAACCUUCUCUGAGCAUGUGUCCAAGUGAACCUUUCCUAAAAGCAUAGAUAAAAAAAAUAUAUAUGUAUAACACCAAAUUGAGUAUAUUACGAUGUACAAAGUUGGUAUAUGCUGAUCAUGUUUCUUUAUCAACACUACAACAACCAUAAAUCAUUUUGAUAAUAUACGUUUCACCAUUAAGCUUCUUGGAUGUGUGAUAUUAAAGAGAGUUUGUGAAAGACAUGAUUGGAUUAAAAAAAAAAUGUUUUGUUUAAGUGUAUAUAGUAUAUGUGGAACAUUCUCAAAAACCAAGCAGUUUUGCAUGUUGAAAUGGACACCAAUCUAUUUAUUAAAGGACAACAUGCUAAGUGAUACUUCAAAAAUGGAAAAGCUUUAUUUAAAAAGGCAAAGAUCCCAGUGUAAAGUAGUGAGAAGAAGCAUUAUAAUUCAUUUCUGUCCUUUUGAUUAUGAAAUUUAUAGUAGUAUUUUUUUGUUGUGUAAAUUAGUAUCACUGUGCUAUUUAUUUGUCACGAGCUGACUGAGAUCUUGUCGAGAGUGCAUUUUUAUUGCUACAAUUUGCUAAAUUACCAAAGUUUGUUGGUACUACAAAAUAAACUCUGAAAAACCCCA